AUGGGGAAACAGAAGGGAGGGCGUAAAGCCUCCUCAGCAGCUGCAGCAGCAAACCGUCAGGAUGCUUCUGCUGCAGCAGCAGCAGCAGAACAGCAGCAGCAGCAGCAGCAGGAGGAACAACAGAAAGAGCAGCAGCAGCAGCAGCAGGAGGAAGAACAGCAGAAGGAGCAGCAACAGCAGCAGCAGCAACCAGAGCAGCAGCAACCUCAGGAUCAGCCGCAGCAGCAACCAGAGGAGCAGCAGCAGCAGCAGCCGCAGCAGCAGCAGCCGCAGCAGCAGCCCGAGCAGCAGCAGCAGCAGCAGCAGCAGCAGCAGCAGCAGCAGCAGCAGCAGCAGCAGCAGCAGCAGGAGUUAUCUGGUAUUCGAUUAAAGAAAGCUUACAGUGUAGAGACAGAUUUAUUUGCAGAUGAAAAAGAAAGAAAAGAAGAAGAAGAAGAAGAAGAAGAAAUAAAUAAAAAUAAAAAUAAAAAUAAUAUAAAAGCAACAGAUAUUUUAAAUAAAAUGAAACAAAAAGAAAAAGAAGAGAGACAGAGAAGAGAGAGAGAAGAAGAAGAAAGAAAGAGAAAAGAAAAAGAAGAAGAAGAGAGACAGAGAAGAGAGAAAGAAAAAGAAAAAGAGAGACAAAGAAAACUAAAAGAAGAAGAAGAGAGAAAGAGACAGGAAGAAGAGGAAAAACAAAAAGAAGAAGAAGAAAGAAAGAGAAAAGAAGAAGAAGAAAUACAGAAAAAACUAAAAGAAGAAGAAGAAGAGAGACAGAGAAAAGAGAAAGAAGAAGAAGAAGAGAGACAGAAACAGGAAGAGGAAGAGAGACAAAGAAAACUAAAAGAAGAAGAAGAGAGAAAGAGACAGGAAGAAGAGGAAAAACAAAAAGAAGAAGAAGAAAGAAAGAGAAAAGAAGAAGAAGAAAUACAGAAAAAACUAAAAGAAGAAGAAGAAGAAAGACAGAAAAAGGAAGAAGAAGAAGAAGAAAGACAGAAAAAAGAAAAAGAAGAAGAAGAAGAAAGAAAGAGAAGAGAAGAAGAAGAAAAACAAAGAAAACUAAAAGAAGAAGAAGAAAGACAGAGAAAAGAAGAAGAAGAAGAAAGACAAAGAAAAAUAAAAGAAGAAGAAAGACAGAAAAAGGAAGAAGAAGAAGAAAGACAGAGAAAGGAGAAAGAAGAAGAAGAAAGACAGAAACAGGAAGAGGAAGAGAGACAAAGAAAAAUAAAAGAAGAAGAAGAAGAAGAGAGAAAGAGAAAAGAAAAAGAAAAAGAAAAAGAAAAAGAAAAAGAAAAAGAUAAAGAAGAAGAAGAAAAAGAUAAAGAAGAAGCAGCAGCAGCAGCAGCAGCAGCAGCAGCAGCAGCAGCACCAACGAUAGUAAUACAAAACGCUGAAGACAGCCGGCGAGCGUUUGAGGCUGCGCUGCGUAUGCUGCGUGGUGAGGAGCAGCAGGAUGCUGCUGCUGCUGCUGCUGCUGCAGCAGCAGCAGCAGCAGCAGCAGCAGCAGCAACAGAUGAAGAAGAAGAAGAAGAUAUACCGCUGCUGCAGCAGCUAACAGGCAGCAACAGAUGA